CCUCGGACGGUCUCCCUCUCUCUCCCUCCCUCUCUCCUUCUCUCUCUGCCUCCACAGAAAAAGCCCGUAAAGGCUUGACAGUGACAAGAGUAAACUCAUGAAAGAAACCUCACGACGGAUAGUUUUAAAGCCGGAGCUUGUGUGUGGCCGUUUUCCCUUUUCCCGACUGUAAGUGUGUGUGUUUUUCAAGAGACUAACACUGGUGGUUCGUAACGCGAAAUCCAAGUCGCCGGGAUUUCCUCUCAUCUCGAAGUUCCCAAGAUGAACUUCGGUCCGGUGCUCGGGAAACUUUCUGUGUUGGUGGCAGUUGCCCUCAUCGGGCUGGUUUGUCACGCAGCAGAACUUCCAGCAUCUCAGUGGUCCAGCGAUGAAUACAAAAACCUCACCCUCCGACGACCCAGAACGUGUGUCGAGAAUGAGCAGUACCUCCACCAGGGACUCUGCUGCCUCAAUUGCCAAGCUGGAACUUAUGUGCACAAGGAAUGUGAAAGAGACCAAGAACAAGGGAGCUGUCUUCCCUGUGACCCUGGACAGACGUACACAGAGCACUCCAAUGGGAUGUACCGCUGUUUGCCCUGCACACACUGCCGCUCAGAUGAGAUUGAAACCACAUCGUGCACCACAACUACAGACACCAGGUGCCAGUGCAAACCGGGAACCUUCUGUGUCCCAGAUCAGGCCUGCGAAGUCUGCAAACGUUGUGCCAAGUGUAAACCAGGAGAGGAGGAGGUGAAGUCGUGCACCCCGUUUUCUAACACAGAAUGUCGAAAACGGAAUCCGUCUCCUACCAAGACCCCCCUAACCCCUUCCACACCAACCCCUACUUCCCCAGCAGACAUCGUUAUGCCCAUAUGCAUUUCCCUGGUCAUCAUCAUCUUCUUCAUCCUUUUUGGACUGGCUCUGUGGUGGUUCAUAAUCAAGCAUCAUUGUGAAAUACCAUGUUCAAAGAGCCAUUGUGACUCCAGUGAAAUCGUGAAGAUUCCUAUUGAUGAGAGUGGAGCCACAGCCGAGGAGAGACAGAACAAUCAGAACGCCGGUCUGGAGGGGGAAGAGUCCCGCCCGGAGUCACGGCCCCUGCUGCAGGAGACCCAGGCUGGGAUGACCAAGGCCUCCCCUCCCCUCGAAGACGAGGACCGAGGACUGGGAGACAGUCUGCCCAACACCACUAGUUCGUCUCAAACCAGCCUGUCAGCCCUGCCCACAGCAGCUUCUUCUGGAAGUACCCCACACCAGAGCCCCACGGCCUUCAGACUGCCGCCUGCAGACAUGGAUGAUCCUCUGCGACAUCGACUGGUGCCACUACAAGGGUCAGAAAAAUCCCUAAAGAAGAGCUUUGAUUUGUUCGACGAGUACCUGGAUGUGCGGAUCCAUAACAAGUUCUUCAGAAUGAUUGGAGUCAGUGACAACCACAUUCGGAUCGCAGAGAACGGCGCCCCUGGUGACAAAGUGUAUGAACUGCUGAAGAACUGGAUGCAGAGGCAGGGACUAAAAGCCGACAUCAACGACCUGUUAGAGGCUUUGCUAAGUAUGGACCAGCGGCGCUCAGCUGAGAGCAUCGCCUCUGCAGCCCUGCAGAGAGGCUACUACAAGUACGCAGACACACCCUGAGAGCUGAAGUAACAGGGACUGCAAAUGAAGAAAACCACAAGUACUUAAUGCAAGAAAACUAAAAGCACACAGACACUGUCGGUGGACAUUGUGUCAGGCGAACAGCCUUACCUCUUUGUGGCUGACCAGCCAUGUAUUCAAAAGCCAGUAGUUUUAAAAAGAAAAACACAAAAAGGGGAAGGUCGAGCCAUAUUGAUCAGAGCUCUGAGGAUGUUGACUACUUGCCAAAUACGGAGGUGUAAUAAUGAAAAUGAAGAAUACGUUUUGUGGUUAAGUUUAAAGAUAUUGUGCGACCAUGACAUUUUUUUUUUUCAAAUAGAGCAGAAAAACAUGAAGGUGUCAACUUCCACACGCAGAAAUGGUUGCACGUUUUAGGCUCUACUGAAGCAACGUUCAUCCAAAUACUGAAAGCUUAGAAGUCUCUGGGUGUGUGUCACUCUACCCAGAUCAGAAUACACUACCUGGAGACAAGGAUAUACACUGGUUUGUAGGAGUGGCAUUAGCUGUGUCACAAAUACUGUGCCUCUUUGUUGCACUGACCUCUGGCACAUGUAGGAUUUAAGACUACAAUCAUGCUAUAUUUGUUGUUUUGUAGAUUUAGGCUUCUCUGAAACCUUAUGUAACAGUGUCCAUGAACCUUUUUCUGAAGAAUGACAGGAAACGGUUGUCCAUUUGUUAUGACAAUGUGCUGCCUUACUAAUCAUAAACUUUACCUCUUCAGUGCCAUUUGAUAAUCUAAAUUUAUUUAGCUAUACAUUUUUAUUAUGAUUUCAUGAUGGUCAUAGAACGUAGUGAUUCAGAAAUGUCACUUUGUAGAAAUGUUUUCAGUCUUUGUCGUCCAGUCUUUUAAAUGUUGUGUUACUACACAGACACACACACACACACAACAUCAUAGAAGGAAUUUCACAAGCUGUUUCUGUUGGAGCAACUGUUAAUAGUUUAGUCAAAUGUAUCCAUAAUGUUUCCAUGUAACUUGAGGGUCAUUUUAUUUAUUGACAUAUUUAUUUUAAUGAAUAAUAAUUAACUUUCAUUAUUUAUACCAUUGCCAAAAAUGACCCUGCAUAACAAGCACACACUGUGUGCACACAUUUGUGUUGUGAUUACAACGUUUAGCUACACGGCAAAAAAUGACUGACAUCAGACUUUUUAAGGUAUGGUUGAAACUUGCAGCGUUCAGUUGAAACCUUUUCAUUUUUGCUGCAUUGUGUUAAGUUUAAGCACCCUGGUCCACACUGUCACUGUAUCAAUGUUACGUGUGCCAUUUCUUCACAAGUGAGUUUCCACUGUGACCACAUUCAGCACAUUGUUGAAGCUUUCAUGAUGCUAAAUGCAGAAUGUGUCAUUUCAAAUUGGAGUUGAGGUGACAUCAAUCGCUAAAGAAAAUGAGGAUUGACCUGUUGAGUCCAACCGUUUGAUUAGACUCAGACAAGAUGAAGGAAACCUUUUCUGGAUUUAACAGGAAGUACAAAUUUAUUUCCCUAAUUCUGUCACAUGUACAUAAAAAUGUCCAGAGAGUGUCCAAGCCUCACAAAGUCUAUGUGUAUAUGUAUAUAUGCAGCUCUAUUAACAAACCAAAAUGAAUAUAGUGAGGUAUGAAGUUAUUGAGAACAACAGAAACACCAACCAGAGCAGUUGGCUGUGGAGGUUGUGACAUUUUAAACUAGAUUUUGCCCAUUUUUCUGCAGUCUCUUAUGUAUAAAGGAAAGAGUUACAGAGUUAUAUAUUAUUGCUCAAGAGUGAUGCUACAGUGCUGGCACUGCCAUCUAUUGACGGACAAUGAAAAUGCAGCCUGCAUCAAUUUCUAGGGACCCUGUACACCCCUCUCUCACUUACCAUCCUUACCCUUUUAACUUUUUUUUUUUAACGCAUCCAUUUCUUAGACUUUUCUUUUACAAUUCCUCUUUGCCUUUCCUGAAGUAGCAUAGCAGUGAAUAGACUCCAGUGCAUGUUUUGUUCACUCUGUGUCAGUUCAUGUGAGUGUAAUGUUUUCCUUUU